CCAAUCGCGAGACAAGACCAAAACCUCUGGAAGGAUUGGUCCGCCAUGGAGCGGACGAUACGAUCAUAUGUCAGUCUCAGGUCUAAGGAGGAAAUGAUAAGGCGGCCAUUAUCCAAUGAAAAGGGCUGGGUUCUAAAAUGUUGUGGUGGCACUACGGAAGACAUUCAGCUCAGGCAAUGUGCGGGAUGUCAAGUUGUACGGUACUGCUCAAAGCGAUGCCAGCGUAAUUCCUGGUACAGUCACCAUAGAUUGAGCUGUAAAUUUCUCAAGGCAGCUGUUGGCUCAUCAUCGCCGCACUACGUGAAGCGUAGUCUCCGUCUGCUAGCUGCUCUAGAAGACAGACAGAUGUCGUGCCAAGGGGACGACGAUAUUCCGAAGUUGGUCGCCGCUGCGCAGCGCAAAUAUCCGACAGACCGGGAACGGCUUGUGGUUGAGCUCGGUGUAGAUGAGCUCGAUGUAUCAGUUCGGCCUCUCCGACACUACCUCUCCCUGUUCAAUGGGUUCUCUGAAAAUAACAUCGUAGAAAGCUUGUCGUCCUGGAACUUGAAAGAACCAAGGGGCCAUCGAUCAUUCUUGUGUUCGGUAAUCGCGAUAAACGAUCAAUAUGAUUCACGACAGAUUUUGUUCAGUCCGCGUACUGCAUUAAAUAUGGAGAUGAAGUUAGGGCGUAGGUGUUAUCAGUAAUGUGGGCUGGAGGGGCAAGGACUGAUUGACCUCCAACGGGGACGACGUAGUCAUAGCACGUGCUGAUUAUCCAUAAUUGAUCGUUUGUUAGUAGUAACGUUCAUUGCUCUCUCAAUUAACCAUGCUUUCGCUCCGUUCCCUUAUACACAUCCGAGUCAGCACUGCCCGCACAAUAUUUACUACUCAAACGUUGUUGUUUUGGUAUCAUAGUAUGCAAAAAAUGAUUCAACUUGAUCUUUACUCUCAACCUCGAGUCGGCAUCCAUCAUGAUUCUUUCUGACUUUCUAUAUAUGGUCUGUC